UUACGAACACACACACACACACACACACACACACACACGCAUUUCACUUCACACACAGAGACGACGGAGAGAGAAUGGCCACAGCACUGCAGACGGGUGGUUUCGUCCUGGGCCUCAUCGGCUCGGCCGCCAUCAUCGCCGCCACGGGGAUGAACAACUGGAGCGUCAAGGACCGUCAGGAGGAGGUGGUGACCUCGGUGUACACCUACAAGGGCCUGUGGCAGGACUGUGAGACGACCAGCUCAGGCUUCACGGAGUGCAGGCCGCUUUACGGCAUCCUGGGCUUCGCAGCUUCCUUCCAGGCAGUGAGAGCACUGAUGAUAGUAGGCAUCGUCCUUGGUGUUAUUGGGACAAUGAUAGCCGUCUUCUCCCUGAAGUGCCUAAAAAUGGGCAGCAUGGAGGACUCCUCCAAGGCCAAGAUGACCCUUACUGCUGGUAUCAUGUACAUCAUUGCAGGCAUCUGCGCUAUUGCUGGAGCGUCAAUCUACGCAAACCAGAUAGUGGCCAGCUUCAUGACGACCAUGUACAACCCCAACUAUGGAGGAGGGAUGGGCCAGGGCAUGGGCAUGGGGAUGGGGGGAGGAAACAUGAUGCCCAGGUACACAUUUGGCCCCGCCCUUUUUGUUGCCUGGAUAGGCGCGGCUUUGUUGGCAUUGGGCGGGAUUCUGAAAUGCGUGGCCUUUAAGGGACUGCGAACGGACAAGUCAACCUACACGGGAGUUGCUUACAAAGCCGCCCAAGCCCAGAACAGGCCUGUCUAUGACAACGAACCCGCCAAGAGAGACAACCAAAAAUAUGUAUAAUUCCUGUUUAAUUACACAUCACCAAAUAGUAGUCUGCAUUAAAAAGUAGGCCUAUUUGUCUUUAUGUUGCCUUGGAUUGUGAUUCUGCAUAUUGAAACACUUCCUACAUUACUUUCCAUACAUUUGAAGGCUUUAUUUAAAAGUGUGUAUUCUAUUGUGGUUGAUAGUGGGUUCCAUUUUUAUAGUAUUUUAUACUGCCAAUACCCUUUUUCUAUGUUUACAUGGUUGCAUGUAAUGUGUUAUUGCUCCUUUGUCAGUGAACCAUUAAGGCAAUUGUAAAGCUUUCAACUGUACAAUAAAAUGUACUAAAUAUCUGUAAA